AUGAGAGAGAUCUUGCACAUUCAAGGGGGACAAUGCGGCAACCAAAUUGGUUCCAAGUUCUGGGAAGUCAUCUGCGACGAGCAUGGUGUCGAUCCCAACGGCAACUGCACCGGAUCAUCAACUGAUAUCCAACGUGAACGAAUAAAUGUUUAUUACAAUGAGGCAUCCAGUGGCAGAUACGUCCCGCGUGCAGUCCUCGUGGAUCUUGAGCCUGGUACCAUGGAUAGUAUCAAAGGUGGUCCCUAUGGCCAUAUCUUUAGGCCUGAUAAUUUUGUGUUCGGUCAAUCCGGUGCUGGCAGUAAUUGGGCUAAGGGGCAUUACACUGAAGGGGCGGAGUUGAUUGAUUCCGUUCUUGAUGUUGUACGUAAGGAGGCUGAGAAUUGUGAUUCGCUACAAGGUUUUCAGGUUUGCCACUCACUUGGAGGAGGCACAGGGUCUGGAAUGGGAACACUCUUGAUUAAUAAGAUAAGAGAGGAAUACCCUGAUAGGAUGAUGCUUACAUUCUCCGUUUUCCCUUCGCCAAAGGUCUCUGAAACCGUUGUUGAGCCCUAUAACGCCACACUCUCGGUGCACCAACUGGUUGAAAACACAGACGAAUGUAUGGUCCUUGACAAUGAGGCCCUUUAUGACAUAUGUUUCAAGACUCUGAAAGUCACCAGCCCAAGUUUUGGCGACCUGAACCACUUGAUCUCCACAGCCAUGAGUGGUGUAACGUGCUGCUUGAGAUUUCCCGGCCAACUAAACUCCGACCUCCGGAAGCUCGCGGUUAACCUGGUUCCUUUCCCGCGUCUCCAUUUCUUCAUGGUCGGUUUCGCACCCCUCACUUCUCGCUACUCCAAGAAUUACGUCUCUGUUGGUGUCCCCGAGCUGACUCAACAAAUGUGGGAUUCAAAGAACAUGAUGUGUGCAGCAGACCCACGCCACGGCCGAUACCUGACGACCUCCGCCAUGUUCCGAGGUAAGAUGAGCACCAAGGAGGUUGACGAACAGAUGAUGAACGUUCAAAACAAGAACUCGUCUUACUUUGUUGAGUGGAUCCCUCACAACGUUAAAUCGAGCGUUUGCGAUGUCCCACCAACCGGGAUGAAAAUGGCGUCGACCUUUAUUGGGAACUCGACAUCGAUCCAAGAGAUGUUUAGACGAGUGAGCGGGCAGUUCACGACCAUGUUUAGGCGAAAGGCGUUCUUGCAUUGGUAUACCGAUGAGGGAAUGGACGAGAUGGAGUUCACGGAGGCGGAAAGUAAUAUGAAUGAUUUGGUAUCGGAGUAUCAGCAGUAUCAGGACGCGACAUCGGAGGAGGAGGAGGAGGAGUACGAUUACGAAUAA